AUGAAAUUAAUUGCCCUUUUACUUAUAACUGCUUUAGUAUCUGUGAAUGCUUCUGAUGAACCUCCAAAAUGCUAUACAGAUCUUAUGAAUAAAUUAUAGUAAGGUCAAGUCUGCAAAUAAGGUGAUACUGAUUGCAUUACAGCUGUCUUAUCAUUAGAAAAAUGUGCUUAUAAUUGUGAAGAUUAAUAUUCUGACAACCUCUCCUAGACUAUCUCCUGUGUUUAAGCUAAUUGCAAAUCUUCUAAUACUUAGGCUUAAAGCUUUUUAGAUGAAGUAAUAAAAUGUGCAAAUUCUAGCUAGAUUGUUUUAUUUAGCAUGUUGGUUGCAUUAGUUUUCAUAAUAAUCUGA